AUGUUUUAGUACAAGGAUCUAUUUUUAAUUAGAUUCGGCCUAGAUUCUUUCGUUUUCUAUUAGAACAUUUCGUAUGUAACAUUAUAACCUUGAAACUGGGUGUGUACUUACCAAUUAUAGGCACAUCUUGAACCUCACGUAGCUGUUUUUAGUUUUGUAUCCUCAUAAAUAAUCAAUUAUGGGUUUGAAAGAAUGUCAAAUCCUGCUCGAUAACCCUUGGAAUACAUAUUAUGCCGGUCAGACUAUCAACGGAAGGGUUGAGAUAACUUUUGAUACUCCAAAAAAAGUUAGAGGUAUUCAUAUAGUCUUUAAAGGUGAAGCGCACACGUCAUGGAUGGAAUCAGAGACAAAGACUGACAAUCAGGGACAAUCACAGACUGAAGACACGAGCCUUUCGGGUCACGAAGAGUAUUUUCAGAUACAAUAUUAUUUACUAGGAGGCAAAAAUGGGGGUGAAAUUGAAUUACCUGCUGGAACGCAUACUUAUCCAUUCACCUGUGCGCUUCCUCCUUCAUUGCCAUCUAGUUUUGAAGGUGAAUGGGGCUAUGUUCGAUACACAGUUAAAGUCACUUUAGAUCGACCAUGGAAAUUUGAUCAGGAUACAAAAAUGGCAUUUACUGUUAUUUCGGCAAUAGAUUUAAAUCUUGAUCCUAGAGUGAAGGAACCAGUGAAGUUGGAACUUGAGAAAACAUUCUGUUGCUGCUGGUGUAAAUCAGGUCCGCUUAGUGUAAUUGUUGGUAUACCUGUUACUGGUUAUGUCUCUGGUCAAGAAAUACCAAUCAGUGCAGAAUGUGACAAUAAUAGCAAUGUUGCUGUAACAUCUUUAAAAUUCACAUUACGCAAGAAUGUAAAAUUUCACACGCAAAUGCCAAGAAGAGCUACUAAAGAAGACAGUAUAGUAAUUGCUGAAUUGCAAGUGGGACCAAUUGAACCUGGUAAAUCUGCAAACUGGAAUCAGAAAAUGACAAUUCCACCAUUACCACCCAGCAAUUUAGUAAACUGUGGGAUUAUUGAUUUAGAUUAUGAUUUAAAGAUUGAGACCGUGGUACCUGGUAUCCACAGAGGUCUUAAAAGUAAAAUUCCUAUUAUAUUGGGUACCAUACCCCUUGCUAGUUUCCAGCCUAAUGCACCCUAUACUGAUGUACCAGUGCCACAAUCAAAUGUUGCACCAGCUGAACCAGACACUUCCAAUCCAAAUGCAGGAGGUUGGGCUUUGCCAUCAGGUGAUCCUAUGGGAGCUCCUUUGGAUAAUUUACAUGCGCUUUAUCCUAACAUCCCGGCACCAACAUUUGCUGAAGGGCAGUUUGGAGCUACAUCUAUUCAAGAUAAGAAUGAUACACAAUAUACUAGAAUGCAGCAACAAACAUUUGCUCCAUGUUAUCCUACAUUUGCGUUUAACCCUUCUGCACCCGUAAUGUAAAUAUUUAAAGUACUU